GCCAAGAUGUUUUUCUUCGGCCUAGGGAAACUCUUCUACGUCGUCAUCCUCUUCAUCAACUCCCUUGCCAUCCUCUCCGAGGACCGUUUCCUCGCCAGAAGUACGUCCACACAAGUCCAAGUCCCCUCCGGAACUUCUCAACGCUCCAUCCUCCCCCCCCCUCUCUCUCCCUGGGACCUCCUCAGCAAGCUAACCAAGCUCCCUCCCCCCCAAACAGUCGGCUGGGGCCGCAUGCAAGCCGAUCCAGCCUUCGGCGCAACCUACGACAACACCAGCGUCAAGGCCAAAACCAUCAAUCUGAUCGCCAGUGUCCGGACUGUCAUGCGAAGUACGUCCUUCUCACAAAAAAAAAAAGCCCAAGCUACACACGAGCAUACCUCCCUCGCGCAGACCCCUCAUCUCCCGCACUACACCGCGAGUCACAAUAACCAAACUAACCUCUACCAUUUCCCCCUCUCUCCAACGGAGAAAAGGGGAAUCUGUAUAACAGUACCCUUAAUCGUGAUCAAUACCAUCGUCAUCAUCUACGAGCUUAUCCUGGGUUAACCGACCCACACCAAAACAAUUCGAACGUCUCUUGUCACAGCUCCCCGACUUGUUUUUUUU